AUUGGAUCAUAUCACAGCUUCAAGAAUAAUCCGCUUCAAUAAUGCUGUAUUUCUUUUUUUUGUGAUACACAUGUUGGUACUGUAUUUGGGCAGGUGAAAGCUAGAGAACAGUUGAACAAACAUGGGGGAGGAAGACAUAAAGAGGAAACUGCUGAUAAAGGGAGAAGAUGAACGUGAACACGAUUUGGGUUUGCAAUACAGAGUGUGGAAUGAAAGCAAGAAGAUUUGGGUGAUAGCUGGACCUGCUAUAUUCACCAGAUUCUCUACUUUUGGAACAAACGUGGUUAGUCAAGCCUUCAUUGGUCACAUUGGCUCUACUGAGUUAGCUGCAUAUUCACUCGUCGUUACUGUACUGGUCAGGUUCGCAAAUGGCAUCCUGCUGGGAAUGGCUAGUGCGCUGGAAACUCUUUGUGGUCAAUCAUAUGGUGCAAAACAAUAUGACAUGCUUGGGGUACAUCUUCAGAGAUCAUGGAUAGUGUUGUUUGUCAGCGCAUUCUUCCUUGUUCCUAUUUGCAUCUUUACAACUCCAAUCUUAGAGGCCUUAGGACAGGAACAGAAUAUUGCACAAGUGGCGGGCUAUAUUUCUCUCUGGGUAAUCCCGGUGAUUUUCGCCUUUGUUUUAUCCUUUACCUGCCAAAUGUACUUGCAAGCACAGAGCAAAAAUAUGAUCAUAGCUUACUUGUCAGCAAUUUCAAUUGCAAUCCACAUCCUCCUUUCAUGGCUUUUGACUGUGAAAUAUCAGCUUGGGAUUCCUGGGGCAAUGGUGUCCACAAUUUUAGCAUUUUGGAUUCCCAACAUUGGUCAACUUUUAUUUAUUAUAUGUGGAGGAUGCCCACAGACAUGGAAAGGCUUCUCGAUGUUAGCUUUUAAAGAUCUCUGGGAUGUCGUCAAGCUUUCUCUGUCUUCUGGUGUUAUGCUUUGUCUGGAGCUUUGGUACAAUACGGUCUUGGUUCUUUUAACUGGAAGUAUGGAAAAUGCUGAGGUUUCUAUCGAUGCUCUAGCUAUUUGUCUCAACAUCAAUGGGUGGGAAAUGAUGAUAUCCCUUGGCUUCUUGGCUGCAGCAAGUGUACGAGUGUCAAAUGAACUUGGACGAGGUAGCUCAAAAGGGGCGAAGUUCUCAAUUGUGGUUAUAGUGUUCACAUCAUUUGCGAUCGGUAUUGUGUUGUUCUUCAUUUUCCUAUUCUUGAGGGAACGUCUAUCCUACAUCUUUACCAAUGACGAAGAGGUAGCCAAAGCAGUUGCCGACUUGUCACCUUUAUUGGCCUUCUCCAUAUUGUUGAACAGUGUUCAGCCUGUGCUCUCUGGAGUUGCUCUGGGAGCUGGAUGGCAGAGUACUGUAGCAUAUGUGAACAUAGCAUGUUAUUACCUUAUAGGCAUUCCCGUUGGAGUUGUGCUUGGUUAUGUUGUCAACCUACAAGUCAAAGGUGUUUGGAUUGGAAUGUUGUUCGGAACAUUUGUGCAAACGAUUGUACUACUAAUACUGACCUACAGAACUGAUUGGGAUAAUCAGAUUUCUUCGCCUUGUUUUUUCAUUGUCACAUCAAAUUUUCUGGGUAAGACAUCACUACUCAUUCAAAGGGAGAUAUUUCUAUCUGAUACUAAAUGUAUUAGGGAGCUCCACAUCCAUGAGGAGCAGCCCAUCAUAUAGUUCAUAUUACUUGUAAUAAGACCCACAUAGUUUGAGAAUCUUCUUCUUCACCACUUUUAUCAUUGUAAAGUUCAAGCGUCCUUGUGCCUCUUUAGUAGGGUUUGAACCCUCCUUGGAAGAAGUAUCAUGUGCAUGCACUUUGUACAAGUUAUUCUAUUGAUAUAUCCAAUGCUCCAUGUAAUUCCGGA